AUGGCAGGCGGGGAGGGCAGGAAUUGGUGGGUUCUUAAUAGGCUGAAAAAGGCCGUCAAGAAGAUCAUAGUCCUGCUGGAUUUCGACACCACCCGAUUCAAACUUGCCUCGCUCAUCGGCGCAAGAAGAUCAAGGCUGAGCAGCUUCGACAGCCGCCGCCUCGGCCUGACGGCGGUCGUCGUCUCCGACGAGGACGACGGCGGCGAUGAGCAAUCUUCUACAAGGAGAAGGAGCAAUAGCCUCCAGAGGACGAGCAGUUAUCCGUUGGAUGACGUGGACAAGAGAGCAGAUGCUUUUAUUGCGAAUUUCUACAAGCAGCUUAAGUACGAGAGGCAGAUAUCGCUGCAGUUGAGGUACACUCAGGCUCGGGGGGGCAACAGCUUUGGAUCUCAACCAUCUCCAUGA